CGCGAUUUCAGGACCAUACACAAUGUUCCGUAUCGCACGCUGCCAGCUUGCAUAUUUACCUCUCGCGUCGAAGCUCGUGCGGACACGUACCCUCGCCUCCGUAUCUCCUUCGUCUGCCAUAAAUCCUAACUCCGUCGGCCCUUUCCAAGUAUUCGAUCGAAAUGCUAAGCGGAUGCAGAAGGACAGGUCCGCUGUGCGCGACGGGGGCGAGCGCAGCAGGACUGUAGACUAUGUCCGUGACGAGGUCGCGGAUAGACUCGUUGAGCGCAUGCAGGAUAUCAAACGCAAAUUCAAUAGAAUUCUGGACUUAGGGUCCGGUCCAGGCCAUUUCUCCAAGCUGCUAGACUCCGAAAUCACCCAGAAAGUGUUGAUGCUCGACUCGAGUGAGAAGCUGCUUCAUAGAGACUCUGAUGAAGAAUUCGAUGUUCAGGUGGAGAGGAUACAUGCCGACGAAGAGAACUUACUUCAGGUGGUCCCACGGGACUCGCAAGAAGCUAUUGUUUCGUGCCUCAGUUUGCACUGGGUCAAUGACUUACCGGGUGUUCUCGUCCAAAUCAAGGAGGCACUAAAACCCGACGGUGUCUUUCUCGGAGCAUUGUUUGGAGGGGAUACCCUCUUCGAGCUCAGGACAUCAUUACAGCUUGCAGAAGUCGAGCGCGAGGGAGGUAUCUCUCCGCAUGUUUCUCCGAUGACAGACUCACGAGACAUGUCCAACCUCCUCGGACGUGCAGGAUUCACUCUCCUGACGGUUGACGUCGACGAGGUGAAGGUGGCAUACCCCUCUAUGUGGGAGCUUCUAGAAGAUCUCCAGGACAUGGGAGAAAGCAAUGCCGUUGUCGGACGCCGGCAUUACAUUCACCGCGAUACUCUGACAGCCGCCUCAGCGAUAUACAAAGAACUUCAUGGUCAUGAAGAUGGGACUGUUCCUGCAACGUUCCAGGUUAUCUAUGUGAUCGGAUGGAAGCCGGCUCCCAACCAGCCACAACCUCUGGAGCGAGGCUCUGCAGAGACCAGUUUGAAGGAAGCACUGGAACAUUAAUAGCCUUCUCUCGUCCGAUAGCCCCCAAACCACUAUGAUUCCAUCAGGACAGUUCCGCCCAGGGGCUCCCCUGGUUCGUGCUCUGCCUCAUCCUCCAAGUCUGCGACAUCGACCACCUGAAGAUCCCCGUCUCCACCACGGAGCCCGCCACCCUCCUUGGCCUCCUCUUCAGCUACACUGUCGCCGUCCUUCGAACUCGCCCCGCCACCGCCUCUCUUACGACCCUCCGUCUUGAACUUGCGUUUUGGUAUUACGGAAUAUAGGGCUUGCUCCCAGUUGCGCGUCUCCACCCAUUUGACGAGGAUCUCGAACGUCUGAUUCACAGUCAGGACCUUGCGCGUCCGCAACUCCGCGAGGUAUGUACCAAUAGGUAGUCGCGCAGAACGGAUGCCUUGUGUUUGUGAUUUUUCGAGGCAUAGGUUCUUAUACCGGUUAUGAUCCACGAUGCCGCCAAUUAUGUAUGUCUCGCCCUCCUUCAAUUCCGUCAAUUCUUCCUCUGAGUCGGCGGUAAGAUAGACCACGGUGGCCUUCUCCGCUCUGCUUGGUUCCUGUUUCCUUGGCCGUUUCUUCUGCCCCUUCUUCCCUUCCGUACCUCCCGCCUCUGUCGCCUCAUCUUCCUUGUCCUCCUGCGUGCCUUCCCCUGAGUUCGACUUCCCCUCCCACAACCGCUCGUAGCUUUCCUCCCACCAUUCAGCCCCAACCCACCGUUUAUAUGCAGCGUCGCUCAUCCCGUCCAUGCGUGCCUUCGUCCUCCCGUCUAUUCCCGUGAAAAGCAGGGAAGAGAACGGAUGGACCGCCUUCUUGUUCACGCUGUACGUGUACGCAAGCUGCCCAGUGAGCGACUUGAUCUCAUUUUCCGUCAUCCUGUCGUCGAAUCCCAAGUCCACGACGACCCGCGCCCCAAACGGCGUCCGCGGCCCCUGCUCCGUCUUCUGCUUCUUGCGCUCUCGCUCUUCGGGCUCGAGUUCGCCCGCGUCGCGCUUCUGCGCGUGCUCGCGCCGCUUUUCCUUCUUGCGCUCCUUCUCCGCCGCCCGCCGCUCUUUUUUGCGCUCGGCGAUGUGUUCCGCCUUCGCGAGCUUUUUCUGUGCUUUCUUGGAGAGCCGCUCUUUGGCUUGGGCUGCGGUCUCUGUGGCUGCGGUAGACGUAGGUUCUGCUUUUGAGUCGGGUGCAGGGUAUGCGGGUGCGGUGGCGGUCUCUGUUCUGUCGGGAAGAGGAGAGGGAGGGCCGUUGUCAGGAGGGUCGCCGAG